AACGGGGAGUUGAGAAGAAUCCUAUGACAGGGGGGAUUUGAAUGGGGUUAAAAACAUCCCGAUACUAACUGUGACAAUUUCCAAAACGGAGUGUAGGAUGCCAUGACAACGAAUACAAACAAAACAAAUCAAGAACAAAAGAAAGAAAACAAUAAAAUUUAUAAGAAGCCAUUAUUAUUAUGGAUUGGAAGCAAACUGUUACAAUUAUGAGUGAUAAAUUGUUUCCUGGUUUAUCUCAUAAAAUUGAUGAAAAGUUAAUCGGAAACGAAGUCUUAUCUAAUCUUCCUCUACAAAUAUCUUUGUAUUUUAAUGUUAUCUUUUUACCGAUUUGGCUUAUUGUAAUUACUUUGUUUUUAUACGAUCAGUUUAAUUGUUUUAAUGAGUUAUACAAAUUUAUAAUCAUUACAAUCAUAAUUUCUUUGUAUUCCCUGGAAAUUUUACGAUUGUAUUUGGGUUACGAAGGAAAUUUAAGAGAUAAAAUUCCUGAAUUAGCUGGAUUUUGGAUGUUAUCAAUCUUACUACAAUUACCAUUACAAAGUUUUUUGUUAUUUAAUCCAUAUCUUAAAUUAAAAAUUUUGGAAAUAAUUGUCCAAUCUGUAAUGUUUUUGUUGUUACUAUUUGAAAUAUUUUCUGGUUAUUUCGCUUUAAAGUAUACAUCAAAAAUGCAAACUGUUUAUUUUAGGAUUUCGAACAUAAAUGUAACAAGAAAUAAAGCAAAGAAUGAAUAAAAAUCAACAAAAAUAAAUUUAUUUAUUAUCUUUA